AUGAAAUUCGGAUCUCAAAUCCAUGAUCGGUCUGUGCCGGAAUGGAGGUUGAACAAUAUCGAUUACAAAAGUCUGAAGGAAGCAGUCAAGAAAGUUACAACGUUCAGACCAGAUAAGGAAGAAACGGAAACCUGGAAAACGGACAAGGAGUUAAAAUGGCUAUACAAGGUGUUCGUGCAGGAGUUUCGCAAUAUCAACGCUUUUGUGAGUCUCAAGAUCAAAGAGGCAUCCACUCGACUGGUGUCAGUCCAGUCUUCGAUCGUUAGGCUGCAACGAAAUGCCACAGGACCAACCAAAAGAAAUUUGCAGAGACAGCUGGGACUUAUCUAUCUGCAUCUCAAUAGCUCUAACACCGAGCUUCUAAGAAUAUGCCGUUUUCUCAUCUUACAAAAAAUCGCAUUGCGCAAACUCUUCAAAAAGCUGCUCAAGUACUACCCCUACGAUCAUGCAAGAGCUGAAGAACUGGUACAGGCGCUGAAAACGUGCCCCGAGCUCACAGAGGGCGAAGACGGCAUCAGUUUUACUACCGUGGAUUUGGACCCCUAUCUACUCGAAAUCUCACUCAUAGUGGACGUCAUGCAGGAACUUGAGCAGACACGGAAGAAACAGCAACACAGUGGCGAUGAACCUGAAGAGCCUGUUCCACAAAGAUCAUCCAUAGAGUCGGCUGAUCGGAAAUGCAGCUCCCAAGCUAGUUUCGAUGCCACAUUUUUGGGUAAAGCUUCAAGACUUCAAUCUUUUCUGGUCUCAGAAGAAUGCGUUUCUCAAGCAAAAUUCCUCUUGUUGCAGCUCGGGUUUCACGUUGUUGACGACGAAAUGCACACUGCUUCGCAGCAAAGCGUUCAAUCCGCAAGCCCGACAAACCUGGCAAGCUUAGCUGCCGUUGGAAGGUCACCGCGCUCGUUUCGAGACCUACGAGCAGCCUUCGAAGCUGGCCAAUCGAAUAUACAAUCUGCUGCUUCAGCGGAAGCCAAAAGCUCACAUCCAGUUUCUCUCACACUUUUCGACACAGAAUCGAUUCCGAACUUUCUCGGUAAUGAUGCUGCUAACCAGUACCCUAACCUCGCAAUUAAAGGCGGCGAUGAAGACGACUGUGUAUUGAUGUGCCACGUUGGUGGGUUGAGAAAUCACAUUAUCUCUGAGAAAAUGCCUUUUGAAGCAUUCAAACAAGCCUUAAAUGGCCACCAGGCUACCUCCACACAAGAAAGCUCCACAGAAAUGACGUCAAAAAACAAGUUGUGUCUCGACUGGAUAAAAUCACAUCCGAUGGAUCUGUGCAGCCCUGAAAUUUUGACGAAAAGAACACGAUUUUUGAAACCGCGGAUAGGUAAAGAAAAUGAAUAUCUAGUAUGCGUGGACGAGGCUAUCAUGUUAAAUCAGUCAGAAAAAGUGCCGCACGCGCUUCUUGAAAUUAGGUCAUAUCCUACAAGUUCCGUCGUAAGGAAACCUAAGAGUGAUCAUUUUAUUGUGGCCCUAAUCGAGAAGAUUUUGGAAUUCAAUCUACAUUGCUAUCCUCUGGCAAAAGACCUUACUUUAUGGAAAUUAAUGUACAUGGUCCAGGGAUCACAAUCAAUUGAGUCUACGCUGCUAUCAACCAUAAGUCACGGGCUGGAUCCGCUUACCAGCGAAUCUCUUUUUGAAGCUGGUACUAUUGAGCUUACAAGCAUAAUUUCCAAAAGCGAGUGCAACAAACCGGAUUUGGGUCGCAAAAAGAUUACCAAUGCUUGCAAAAGUAACAGCUCCACAGCAUCGGAUUCCUCGCCGCCUAAAGUCAGAUACUGGAAUGAGUUUGAUGAUGGUGAUGAAGCUGAUCCAUAUGCGGGAGGUUUCUACCUUGACGAGGAAGCCCAAAUUGAUCAUGACGGCCCUAAUGGAUUCAUUCAUUUCAGCAAGAGCUUUGUUAACUCGAUAUAUGAAAUCUCGGAAAAACUUAGAAAUUUCCCGGCAUUUGCUCACACCGCGGAAAAACGACCUUUACUCGUGGAUAGCCUUCAUGGGCCAUCAUUGGAAAGUGUCACCACAUUUGGCACCAUGGACACUUCCCAAAGUGCGAAGAGGGAUUUCGACCGCUAUAUGGGAUAUACAGCACAGCAAGAUGAGGCCGACUAUGGUUACGAAUACAAGCACGAUCACGUUUUGACCCUAUUCUAUAUGACCUCGUUGCUGAUAUCCUGCAUCACCUCUGGAAUUUCUUUGGGAAUUGUGGUAUCUCUCUUUCGUGAACUGAACGACGAUGGUGUCCUACUAGGGCCCACAACAACUGUGGCCGGCAUUAUCAUCAUCACACUACUAGUGUCCCUACUGUUGAGCUGUAUGAGUCUCCUGCUUUUAUUCAGUCGCGUGCAUAUGGCACCAUGGUGGCACUACGUGAGCUGUUCUUUCAUCUUCCUCAUAGUUGCAUGUACCGUCUGCUACGGUCUAAUAGAAAUAUUUCUGUAA